UCAGCCUUUGGAUAUGAUGGUUUUGUAUGAGUCCCUCUGUCCUGAUAGCCAAGAGUUUAUUCAGAAGUUUUGGCCCGUUUACCGAAAAUACCAUCAGUGCAUCAAUCUAACGUUGGUGCCCUAUGGCAAGGCCUCACCAUCCAGCUCAGCACCGUUUGGUCAUGUAUGUCAGCAUGGCCAUCCUGAGUGCUGGGGCAAUCGAAUGCAAGACUGUGCGAUUCAUUCCAACUUGAACCAAUUCGAUCAGAUGAAAUUUGUAAAGUGUCAAAUGAAAGACCUUGGACUGACAGAGAAAAAGAAUCUCAAGUGCGCUCGGGCCUCAAAUAUCGUGAAUCACGUAGAGCGCUGCAUGCAGCCAAGCGGCAACGGCGUUCAACUGCAGACCCAAUCCUCGAUUAUAACCAACCGAUACAGCUUUAGCGAAAUACCUGCAAUUGUAUACGAUGGACUAUUUUCUGAAAAUCUGCAGCGGUCUUCUAAAAGGAAAGUCAAGAAAACUCUAUGCAAAAUAUUGGUUAAAAAGAAUCUCUUACUACCCGAUGAUUGUUAAAAUUUAUUGGGGUUUUACGGCUA